UGGAACAGUCCUGUGUUGAGCAGAAUCUAGACACUGAGCAUCAUAUGGCUAGGAUGGAUAUGGGUUAAAUACAAAGAUUGGGAUAUACAAAACCCUAUAGGGGAAGAUACAAAAGGCUGAAGAGAGGAAUAUUGGUGAUAUUUGUGACUCCGGCACAGCAUCUUCUAAGGGAAAAGGCUUCAGCUCCAUAUCGCAGCAGGAGCUUGGAGAGGAAGGAGAGCGGAAGGCAGAAAAAAAGCAAAGCAAGGGAAGGAACACUGCUCCAGACCUGGAUGUAAAGAUCUCCACAACGCGUGCAAGUGAGUGAGAGAGAGAGAGAACAACGGAGAAGAGCGAGAGAGAAAGAGAACGAGAGCAAGGGAGAGCGGAGCGGAGCCGAGGGACUGUGGAGUGGAGAGGGAUCGAGAAGCUCACGAUCAGCGUGCCCACGGGUGGAGGGGCCCAAUGACGGAAGCAGCAGCGCUGUUACAGUAGGCCCUACCUCUCUUUCAGGGAGCCAGGAGGAGACGACAAUAAUGAACAUGCUCUGAGAAGUUUUCUACAUCAGAUUUAUCUGAGUCAGUUCUUUCCUAAUUUCAUAUUUUUUUCUUUUUGUAUUUUUUAUUGUUUUUUUUUUUUUGUUUUUGUUUUUUUAAAGCUACGCCUUUCCCCGAAAAGGAGCAAAAAAUUAAUCUCACCUCGACCACAUUAUCCCCACACCUACCUUUUAUUGAUUAGUACCUGUUUUCCUUGACAUUCUGAGGAUUUGCCAAAACCUGUUUCAUGCAUGUCCACUGGAGGCAGGUUUGACUUUGAUGAUGGGGGGUCGUACUGUGGAGGGUGGGAACAGGGUAAGGCCCACGGGCGGGGGGUCUGCACGGGGCCCCAGGGCCAAGGGGAGUAUGCCGGGGCCUGGAGCCAUGGCUUCGAGGUCCUGGGGGUGUACACCUGGCCCAGCGGGAACAGUUACCAAGGCACAUGGGCACAAGGCAAGCGCCACGGCAUCGGCGUGGAGAGCAAAGGCCGGUGGGAGUACAGGGGCGAGUGGACACAAGGAUUUAAAGGCCGCUACGGGCAGCUGGAGAGCACAAGCAGCGGAGCUAAGUAUGAGGGGACCUGGAGCAAUGGUUUACAAGAUGGAUAUGGCACUGAGACAUACUCUGAUGGAGGAACGUACCAAGGCCAGUGGCUGGGGGGGAUGCGACACGGAUACGGAGUUCGACAAAGUGUGCCUUACGGCAUGGCGGCUGUCAUUCUCUCCCCUCUGCGCACCUCCAUAAACUCCCUGCGCUCGGAGCACAGCGAGGGGCCGUCGCAGGAGGACGGCAGCGCUGGUGGGGUGGGCAGGUCUGCGGGGAGCCCCGUUGGGCGCGGCGGCUUCGUGCUGUCCGCUCACGGCGACGCCGAGCGGCAGCGGAAAAGGAAGGGCCGCUUCCGUCAGUCCAUCCUGAGCGGCCUGAAGCUGCGCCGCUCGGAGUCCAAGAGCUCCCUGGCCAGCCAGCUGAGCAAGCAGAGCUCCUUCUGCAGCGAGGCCGGCAUGAGCACCGUCAGCUCGGCCGCCUCCGACAUCAACUCCAACGUCAGCCUGGGCGAGGUCGAGCUGGGCAACAGCGUGGACGCCACGGUGACGGAGAUCUAUGCCGGCGAGUGGAGGAACGACUGGCGGACGGGCUGGGGGGUCUGCCGGCGCACCGACGGCCUGCGGUACGAAGGGGAGUGGCUGGCCAACAAACGUCACGGCUAUGGCUGCACCACCUUCCCCGACGGCACGAAGGAGGAGGGGAAGUACAAGCAGAACGCACUGGUAAGUGGCAAGAGGAAGAACCUCAUCCCACUGCGCGCCAGCAAGAUCCGGGAGAAGGUGGACCGUGCUGUGGAGGCCGCAGAGAAGGCUGCAGACAUCGCCAAGCAGAAGGCUGAAAUAGCACUGUCCAGAAUGAGCCAUGCCAGAGGAAAAGCAGAGGCUGCCGAGGGUGUUGCACAGAGAGCCCUGGAGGAAUGCCGUCUAGCCAGGGUCAUUGCCAAAGAACUCUCCCCCUCCUUUAAUCACUAUGGGAAUGGGCUGGAGUGCAAGCGGCAGGAGAGGAAGGAGAAGGACAUAGAGGUGAUGUCGACCGGCACGGACAGCCCGGAGCUCUGCACGCCGGACACCACGCCUCCCGUCCUGACGCCGGAGCGGAGCCCCGUGCUGAGCAGCCCGUCGUCGCCGCCCUGCAGCCCGCCGUCGCACCGCGCCCGCAACGCCUGCUUCAUGCGCCAGGGCGCCGUGGACGAGCAGGGAGGGGCCGAGAUCCAGGUCCUGGUGGAAGGGAGGGGGGGCGUGGACCACCUGAGGGGCGGCGGAGGGAACGGCUGGUCGGCCGACAUGUAUCCCACCCGGAGGGGGAGCAAGGGGGAGAGCAGUCGCUCGACCACGCCAUCCCUGCUGGAGGAGGCAGAGCUGGGUCACAUGAACGGCCACGAGCAGACCAACGCCAAUCACAAGUCACGGGAGAACGUCUCCUUCAAUCACAAGCCCAUCGAGCACUCCCCCUCCGAGAAGUUGUGGGAACACAAGCCCUCCAACCAGAAGCCCUGGAAGCAUGCACCGUCGAACCACCGCUCCAGACAGUACUCGGCGCCUAACCAUCGGGAGUGGGAAAACUCCUCUUCCAACCACAAGUCCUGUGAGCGUGACUCUUCCAAACCACAGGUGCACAUCUAUUCCAAUCACAAGGCUCUGGGGCACAGUCUGCCCAAUCACAAGAACCACGAGCACGCUUCUUCCAAUCACAAGCCAAAGGAGUACAUAUCCACACAACACAAGCCAAAAGAUCACAUCCCUUCCAAUUACAACCCUCGAGAGCAGCAUGCACCCUCCUCCUAUCGCAAACCCCAUGACCACGUCUACUCCAAUCACAAACCGAGCCAGCCGACGUCCAAUCACGUUGUGGGCAAACCCGCCUUGUCUGACUUCAAGCCCAUCGAGCCGGAUAGGAAGUGCUCCCCCGUGGGAUGGGCCGCCGAGAACACCGCCCCCCAGUGGAGCCCCUCCCGCUCCCACCUGCUGGAGCAAGACGAGGAGAGGGUGGAUGACUACAGGGUGGAGAUGAGGCUCCAGCCCCCAGAGUCCUUCCCCCAGCAACACUUGGGCUCAGGCAACGAGUGUGCGGGUCCCAAAGGGCACAACUCACAGAGACUGAGGCUGAGGAACCAUGAAAGCAAAGACUGGGGUCUCUCGGCCAGAGAAGGGUCCAUGGACUCGGUACAAAUGCUGGACAGCCUGAAUGUAGGGGUGGACCUGGAGGAGUGGCCGCUGCACAGGGACGUCACCCUCUCCCCGCCCCUCACAUCAUCCCCCAUCACACUGGAACACGAGGGGGAGCAUCUAAACCUGAUCAAAUCAAACUCAGGUUCCAGCUCCAUUCUAGUGGUCAUGGUGAUUUUACUCAACAUCGGGGUCGCCAUUUUAUUCAUCCAUUUCUUCAUUUAACAUCAUGUAUGGCCUGCAUUAAUGAUAUAAGCAUUGCCAUCAUAAAUUGCACAUUAUUUUAGUUUAAGUCCACUUUUUGGACAAAAUUCAUAUUGGCUAAGUGCUACAUCCUCACUGAUGUAUUUAAGUAUUUCUGUCACCGUUCCAUUAGUUUUAGUAUUCUAACUUUGUUUUCCUCUCAGCUCAAUAUAAAGGCCCAUGUAAGGUAUUGUUUAAGCUUUGCGAUAACUACGGACAUUUAGUUUUUAAAAUAUGAGACCUAUACCUUAUUCAUUUGAACUUUUAACUCUCUUAAUGAGAUGUUUUAUUUAUUUGUAUUUAUUUAUUUAAAUUCAUAAUAUAUUUUGAGAGGAGAUUCAGGCCUGCUGAGCAGCAAGAUAGAAUAGUGUAGUGAGAUGGUCCCCUGUACAAAGACGUUGUAGCGCAUGUAAGCUGGUCAUGGGCAAAUAGCACAGGAUUUUGUUUAGCCAGGCCAAGACUACAUGAACCCAUAGCUUCCCCAUAUCUCCACACACCACAUGCAAAACAACACCACCAAUUUUAUUAAGUGUAAGAAGUAUGAUCUACUGUAUCUGAAAGGGCUUCAUCGUCAUACUCUGCAUUGCUAAGGGGAAAAAAAUGUAUAGAUGUAUGUUGUAUUUGGGUGAGUGCACAUCCAUUAUGUUCACACCCAACACAAUCCCCGGGUCAUCAUCGAUAUUAUGAUGUGUCAGCACAAGCUCAUCAAAACAUUUUGUUGUACUCACUUCAAAGCUAACACUGGCGCACCGUGGACACUAUAUCUUCCUGCCCCAACACACCCUCCCCACAUCCUUGCACUGGAUACCCAGUCUCCCUGAAAACACACCUCACCACCUCACCAUCCUACAUCUCUCACACACACACAUCGGAACAUUGCUGGUGGAGUAUUCUGGCUCACGCUCUGUAAAGUUUGAGACUGUUAUCUUAUGACCACUGCUUUAAAAAAAUAUAUUAUAUAUUACUCAACAGUUAGCAUCUUUUAACAGUUUGCAAGACAUCUUUGAAAAUGCUGAGUGCCUUUUUUACUUGAAAAAUCAUCCCAGCAAGCAGGCUUUGUUUAGGUGGCAUUCUGAGGUCAUAGGCUGGGGCAUGGAACGAUCUGUCUCUAUCCCAAUACAUAUUUGAACUGAUAAAACUAGAAAAAGCUGUUUACUUUAGAGAUGGCUUAUUAAAUCUGAUGAGCCUGAGGAGAUUUUUACAGCAUGUUUGUUAAGCCUGUUUUCUUCUGGUGUUACUCUGUGUGAAUUUCUGCCUGUCUCUCUAUCCAGCAACAUAGGCGACAAUAGGGACAACAGUGUAAAAAUGCCAGCUUACGUUUCUCAGUGGAACCUGACUGAAAUUAUCUGAGUUACUGAAUGAUAAAACUGCUACUGUAUAUUUUAUACUACUCACCCAGUGACAUCAUCAUGUUGUGAAAUCAUUGCAUGCCAAAGCAUGCCUUUUCUUACUCAAUGAUUUAUGAGGUUGUUUCCAAGUUAUGUGGAAAAUUAAUAAAUAUGUUUGAAGUUAA